GAUUACGAAAAUUCGAGUGGUAAAUAGAAGUGGGUAAAUAUAAAUAUUUACUUUUAUUCUUUCAAAAUGCAUUCGUUUGUAUUAAUUGUAUUAUUGAGUAAUUAGUGUGGUGAAGAACAUGUUUCAGAUUCAAAGAAUAAGAGUUACCUCCAGUCAAUAAUUGGCAGAUUGGCACCAUAUGUGAUAGAUGUCAUUGAAUUAGGCUACACUACAGUCACUACAGAUAAUCCAAUGCCUUUACUACACAUUUCUACAUUUUGUAUUAAUGAGUUCUUGAUUUUAUUGUAAUCCAGUUUGAUUUUCAAUAUUGAACCAGAUUGGGCAAAUUGAUAAUGACUGAAAACAGGGAAUCUUUGAGUUCCUUUGUUGACAAAUCCCAGUGUCCCUCAGAGUAUGAUAAAAUAUUGGGAGGAAAUGUACUAGUAGCACCCUCUGAGGAGCAGUAUGAGUUGCUUCUAAGGAGACUAACCCAACAGUUAGGUGAAGGAAGAGGAGAAGUUAUCUUAGAGAUUGGUGGUUCUGAAGAUGGUAGUGAAAAUGGGCUACAAGAUAAUGAACUGGAAGCAGCUGUGGCAACACUGCAGUCACUAGCAACUACAUUAGAAUGUAGCUGUGUUAAGUUGAGAGAACGCAAAGAGACACAUGGUGUAAUCAUUCAGUAUUUGAUUCGAAGGGUACUUGAUCAGUCUGAUUUUCUGGAAAUUCGUGUGGCAGUGGUUGGAAAUGUAGAUGCUGGAAAAUCUACAUUACUGGGUGUUCUGACACAUGGAGAACUAGACAAUGGUAGAGGGCAUGCCAGGCAGAGGCUGUUCAGGCACAAGCAUGAAAUGGAGUCUGGAAGAACAAGUUCUGUUGGGAAUGACAUCCUAGGGUUUGAUGAACAAGGUAAUGUUGUGAACAAACCGGAACAUGGGUCAUUGGACUGGGUGAAAAUAUGUGAAAGAAGUUCCAAAGUUAUCACUUUCAUUGACUUGGCAGGGCAUGAGAGAUACCUGAAAACUACAGUGUUUGGAAUGACUGGUCAUGCACCUGAUUUUGGCAUGCUAAUGGUCGGGGCGAACGCUGGAAUAAUCGGUAUGACCAAGGAGCAUCUCGGACUGGCAUUGGCCCUCUCGGUACCGGUGUUCGUGGUCGUAACCAAAAUCGACAUGUGUCCGGCCAAUGUGCUGCAAGAAAACCUCAAAAUGCUGGUGAGAAUACUGAAGUCGCAGGGAUGUCGGAAGGUGCCGGUCAUGGUCAAAACGGCAGACGACGUAGUUCUGAGCGCUACCAACUUUGUGUCAGAAAGAUUGUGUCCUAUAUUUCAAGUAUCUAACGUAUCUGGUGAAAAUUUGCCGCUGCUGAAAACAUUCCUCAACUUGCUCACUACAAGGAUGGAAUAUCAUGAGAAUGAACCAGCCGAGUUUCAAAUCGACGACACAUAUUCUGUUCCCGGUGUGGGAACUGUUGUUUCGGGGACAACGCUGAAAGGCGUCAUCAAACUGAACGACAUCCUAAUGUUGGGGCCCGAUCCCUUGGGCAACUUCCAGCAGAUUGCCGUGAAGAGUAUCCACAGGAAGAGGAUGUCCGUCAAAGAGGUCCGAGCGGGACAAACAGCCAGUUUCGCUUUGAAAAAGAUAAAACGGUCUCAAAUUCGUAAAGGGAUGGUGAUGGUGUCCCCAUCUCUGAAUCCCCAAGCUUGUUGGGAGUUUGAAGGUGAAAUUUUGGUUCUGCACCAUCCUACCACAAUUAGUUCACGUUACCAAGCGAUGGUUCAUUGUGGAAGCAUCAGACAAACUGCCAGCAUUAUCAGCAUGUCAAAAGAUUGUCUGAGAACUGGCGACAAGGCAUUGAUCCAUUUCAGAUUUAUCAAACACCCUGAGUACAUGACGCCUGGACAAAGAAUGGUUUUCAGAGAGAAUAGAAGAAGUUGUUACAUUUGCGAACGAUUAUUUCGUCCAGCGCAAUUAUCAAGAAUUGAUGGAAUAGAAAAUGCUAUUAAACGCGAAAUAGCAGUAAUUCGGCGAGAUGCCGCGAAUAGACCUCCUAUCAACGUGGAUGAUGAUAGCCGCCUGUGCAUCAAUUGCAGCAGAUCUAUAACUGAAGAAUUGCUAGAAAUUGAAAAUAAUCCAACAUGUUUGAGACUAAAUGUUCUGAGUCAAACUCGAAAUUCAACUUGUUUUAUUUGUGAUGGAGUAAAUGACAUUCAUAGACUUUCUUUAGAAUCUAGAGUUGAUGUAUUCAUAAAGAAGAAUAUUUACAUUUCUGAGGAUGGAAGGACGAAAGCAGUGGGCAAUAUAGUCCGAAUAAUCCACCAAUCGACGCCAACUCAUCUUGGCAACAGGGCAAAACAGAACAAACAGCAGCGCUACGGCAGUGGCCAAGCAUCACAAAAAAACUCACAGCACUCUAAUCACAAUGAAAAUUCACAGGAGGGUGUGGAGCCCGAGACAGCCGACUCCGUGAUGGCGACAGGGCCGGACGGUCGGGAGAUGAGCAUGCAGAAAAUGGGGCCCAAAAGGGGGAGAAGUCGGAGGGGCGGCCGGGGGAAAAUGCAGAACAAUUCGAGCUCGACCAUCUCGAAGCCCUUACCAGACGUUACCAAUAUCACUCCCUUGGGUGUCGCUAAUAGAAACCCAACAAAGGUGCAGUAGGCUCAGAUAAGUUCAACUUUAUUUUCACCUGUCAUACUUAAAUAGAAAUUCAUAUAUUUUAUUUGUUUCCUAAAGUUCCCUAUCUCGUUUGUUUGUCGUCUUUAAUUUUAUUUAUUUGACUUGUCUUCAGUAUGUUAUGUGUUGACAGGUAGCAGAGAAAAUAAUGUACUGUUUUGUUUAUUUGUGGAUUGAGAAAUAAUAUUU